AGGGCAUGGCGGUCGCUUGUUUUUGGAUGUGGAAACGUGCUUGAAACGUGGUGAUUGUUUUUUCCCGCGAAAAUCAUGUCUUACGGUAAUUUAUGCGUAAAAUACGUUUCUAAAAAGAUUAAUAAAGUGCGUUGGUGUCCUCAUAUUAAAGGAAACGAAGAAAAUGAUGAUAUAUUUGCACUUGGUAGCUGGGAUGAUGAGGCAAAUACAAUAUCUAUAUGGAAAAAUCCCAAAAAUUCAUCAGAUAAAAUGGAAAGUGACUUAGACGAAGAUCCAGAAUUCAUUGAUGAAAUUUCACAUUCAGGAGACGUUACUGCUCUUGAGUUUUUGUCGAAUGAAUUGCUGAUGGCAGCUUCAUCUUUGGGAUCCGUAUCACUGUACAAAUAUAAUCAAGAGAAAUUAGAAAUUCAACACACGUGGGAAAAAAUACACCAUUAUUGUCAUCAGACGGCGUCUUGUACAGAUAUAACAUACAUGGAAGAUAACAUUGUUAGCAUUGGAGAAGAUUGCAGAUUAAUUUGCUUAAAUAUCAAGAAAGAUAAACAAGUUAAAAUAAUAGAUGAAGCCGAUAGCUGUCUAUUGACGACAGUAGAACAUUUACAACAUAAGGAAGUAAUUACCGGAAAUAUGAGAGGAUAUUUAAAAUUAUGGGACUUUAGAAUGCAUGGAAGCAAACCUUCUCGCAUUUUAUUGUUAACUGGAGGACAAUCUGCUGUUACUUGUAUGGCCCAACAUCCUACCCAGUGGCAUACAUUGGGCACGGGAGGCGAAGACGGAUUAUUAUACAUCUGGGAUUUAAGACAAGACCGUCAACCAAUCACUCUACUUAACGCACAUUCCAUGGCAAUGAUGGAAAUAAAAUUUCAUCCCUUAAAUCCCGAUCAUCUGUUCACCUGCUCUCAAGACGGAAAUGUUUGUCAUUGGGAUGCAACGUCUCUGAAAUCCAAUCCAGCCGGAAAUAAAAUUAAAUCCACAGCUGCAGAAACUGUUGGAGAAGUACAGAAUCCCUGGUUGAAUUGUGAUGCAUCCAAACAUAGGUUAGAAAUUGCAUCAUUGUUAAAAUAUUCUACUUUACCUAUAAACAGUUUAGAUAUUGUAAACAAUGUCUUGCUCUGUGGAUCUGAUAAUGAAGCCGUAUACAUCUUUCCCAAAUUCAAUUUAUAGUUUAAACUUGUGUUGCAUAAAUUUAAAUAUACCAUAAAUAAUUAUAAUAAAACUUUUGU